AUGGAUUUGCUGAUUUUCGGUGUAUUGCUUGGCCUACUGAUCUGUGAGAUACUCUCAGUCAUCACGAUUAUACUCUCCGACAAACGCGGUAUCGCACGUUAUGUAUGGCCACGUUUCACGUUACUCAUUUGUCAACUAACCACUGCAUCGGUGAUUUGCUUCUUGUUAAUGCUCUACUUCAGUGGUUAUUCAGAAUCGAUGAAUGACGCUUUCAUCAGUGCUUAUGAGUAUUGGAGCGGCAUCGACCUAACGAUAGAGGAACGCAAGAAUGCUUACAGUGAUUUAUACAUGUAUGCGGUUGGAUUGUUUAUAGUGCUGUUCGUUUACGCCAUCUAUAAUGGUUUUGAAAUAUACGUCACGCACAAAUACUAUCAAACGCUACCACCAGAAAGUUUUACAGCAGUUAAGCAAACGCCGCCAUCAGGUGGAUUCGAUGUUCCAAAUCAACAACAACAGUAUCGCCCACCAAGACCUCCACCACCACCUUUCAAUCCAAGUUUCAAAGACACCCCGCCAAACUACUAUACAUAG